AAAUGAUUAAUCGUAGACGAAGUGCAAGAUGGGUGAAUAAAAAAGAUGACGAUUUACAGAUUGUUAUAAAUACCCGUUCAUUCAUUAAAAUCAUAUGGCUUCUAAAAGAUUUAAAAUUCCCAGAGAGCGUCAACAAAUUCUAAAAUGGAAUGGUUGGGGUUACAAGGAUUCAAAAUUCAUAAUUAACGAUAAUGGUAACAUACAAUUUACUGGUUAUAGAUAUAUGCUUUCUGGUUAUGUAUUGUCAUCUUUAAAAGAUUGGGUUAUUAAUAAUUUGGGCAUCAAUAUGUCUUCAAAAAUAACUGUCCAAGAAAAACCAAAUAUAUCAAAAGCUGAGAUAUGUACCAUAAAUGUUAAGCUUGUAAAUCUUUUAGAGAAUGAAGAUAUUAGUUAUAGUUUGGAUUUUGAAGAUUGCCUAUUCAGAGCUCAUGGUCACACAUUAGAAGAAAUAUACACUCUGAGAACAGAUGGUACUGUAAAGAAACUUCCGGAUAUUGUUGUUUGGCCCAAAAAUCAUAACCAAGUCAAGAUCAUUGUUGAUUUUGUGGCCGAUUUUUAUGGCAUUGAUAUGAGAAAUGGUGAGGAUAAAUCAAAGAAAGAAAAGGAUAAAUACAUCAUCAUUCCUUUUGGAGGUGGGACCAGUGUUACAGAGGCUCUAAUAUGUCCAGAAAAUGAUGAAAGAAUUAUCAUAUCUUUGGAUACCAGUCAGAUGGCUAAGAUACUUUGGAUAAAUGAAUAUAAUCUCACUGCCCGAGUACAAGCUGGUAUCAUAGGCCAAGAACUCAAUUUUCAACUAGAAAAGCGGGGAUUUUGUUUUGGUCACGAGCCAGAUUCUUACGAGUUCAGCACAUUGGGUGGGUGGAUAGCUACCAGGGCGUCCGGCAUGAAGAAAAAUGUUUACGGGAAUAUUGAAAACUUGGUUAUAAACAUCCAAAUGGUCACCCCUAGGGGAGUUAUAUGCAAAAACUUUGAAGACAUUCGAUCCUCCACAGGUCCUGAUGUUCACCACUUCAUAAUGGGUUCUGAAGGCACUCUGGGAGUCAUAACCGAGGCAACCAUCAAAAUCAGACCAUUACCUCGAUUACAAAAAUAUGGGUCUGUUAUUUUUCCGAAUUUCAAUGCCGGAGUAGAAUGUUUGAGAGAAAUAGCUAAAAAGAGAUGCGCCCCGGCUUCCAUAAGACUAGUAGACAAUGCUCAAUUUAUUUUAGGACAAGCAUUAAAACCUUCUAAUCGCGUUGAUGAAGAAACUAAUUCUAACGCGGAUACUGUCAAGCAUCGUUACGAGAGCGUUUUGAAUUCCUUGCAAAAAUUUUAUUUGUUAGAAUGGAAGAAAUUUGACGUCAAGGAGAUGUGCGCCGCGACUUUGAUGUUUUUAGCCGAUGAUUCUAAGGAAUUGGAAUCACAGGAAAAUAGCGUUUACGGCAUAGUUUCAAAGCACGGUGGUUUGAAAGGUGGACAAGAAAACGGGCUAAGGGGAUACCUACUAACCUUCGUCAUAGCAUAUAUACGGGAUUUGGGACUAGAUUUCGGAGUUUUGUCGGAGUCCUUUGAAACAGCUGUGCCUUGGGAUAAGGUUAUAGAUUUGUGCCGAAACGUGAAAGACAAGAUUCGGAGAGAUUGCGCAGAACGUUAUGGUAUAACUUUUCCGCCUUUUGUUUCAUGCAGAGUCACCCAAACGUACGACACAGGCGCUUGCGUUUAUUUUUACCUGGCUUUCAACUCCAAUUAUAUCAAAAAGGAUACAAGAAUGGGCAAGAUAGAUCCCAUUAAGAUAUACAGAAAAAUUGAAGAUAGCGCGAGAGAUGAAAUAAUAAAAAAUGGAGGCAAUCUCUCGCAUCAUCAUGGGAUAGGCAAAAUCAGGAAACAAUGGAUGGCCACCCAAUUUUCACCAACCGCUUUAGAGGCUAUUCGAGCUUUAAAACUCCGAUUGGACCCUGAUAAUAUAUUCGCCAAUGGAAAUUUAAUCGAUUAAAAAAAGAAGAAAAAAUUUUUUUUUUGCCCCCCCCCCCUGUUUUUAUUAUUUUUGAAGUCAUAAUUUGUAAAUAAUUCAUAUUAUUUAAAUUUAAAAGAAAAGGCAAUUAAUAAUUAGAAAACGGGCACAUAAGUUUAAAAGGUUAUAAAUGUUCUAGGAUUAACGCCAAUAAUGAAUAAUCAAUAAAUCAUUUUGAUAUAUGAAUCAGAAAUUAAAAAUAUCUUAUGAGGUAAGAUUAACAAAUUUACCUCUUUUCAAGAAUUUUAUUUUUUUUAAAAAAAGUCACACCUCAUUUUAUUUCAAAUUAUAUGAAUGACA